UUGCUAUUGUGUCGUUUUUUUUGAUUACAUUUACCAUUUCGUUACCAUCAUAUAAAUAUAGUGAUAUAAUGAACAGAAUGGAAAUGUCCACAUACCUAUUUUACAUCACUUUAUUUUCAAUGGUAAUGGCAUGGACUGUUGGCCAAACAAUUAACCAAAUCGAACGAUUCUGUUUCAUCGAUGCAAAUCGUAUUCAAGCUAUGUUCAUGAUGGGUGAUUAUCUACUUUUUCGAAUGAAUCCAACAACACCAUAUAGAUUGUAUCAUUGGAGAAGUGGCCAUUUAUUGUCGAGCGCUUGGAAUCAACACGAUUUAUUUGUUAAUGUCUCAACACAGCAUUAUCGUCUCCAAUAUCUGACCACAAUGGAUUUAUGUGAAUUGUUUAGCAUAGUAUCGCCAUCUGUUAUCCAACAGACAAAACAUAAACGUUCGAUUCUUGAUAAUGAUAUUGUUCAUUCGUUAGCAUCCGAUUUGCAACAAUUGAUUAUUGAUCCUGAGAAAAUGACCGGUGUCAAUGAUAUGAACAAUCAUUUCCGUCAUUCACCACUAAAUAAAGAUCCGUAUGUCGAUGUUAAAAAAUAUGAUGACAUCAAAAGCCAACUUGAAAUGUUUGAAGCUAGAUUGCGUACCAUUUCCGAUCGGUUGUUUCAACCAUCCUCUGGAACGAUGACAAAACCAUCUUGUGGUCAACUUAUUGUGGCCACAUUUUGUCAUUUCGAACGAUCAUUUGAGAAUGACAUAUGCCAUGACUCAUUCGAACAAACAAGUAAGAAUCAACAGGUGUGCUGGCCUAAGACAAUGUUUUAUCAAUAUUUGCCUAACGAUAAUCCUUCUCAUCAACUACGCCUGAUACCGAUUCCAUUCAAAUACAGUCUCAUGUCCAAUCUUUUGUUACUACGAGGUUUGUUCCAAAUGUCUGAUCCUCGUCGUUUCGUGCAGAUAUCGAGCAGACUUAGAUGUCAUAAUGACAAGGCAAUUUUGGCUCGCACAUUAAUAGACGUGAUCGAUCUACACCGUGAUGAUCUGAUUAGCGGUUUCCAUCUAGAUCAAUUCGAUUUUCUUCAAAGUCGUAUGAUUACCGGUCAUCUGGAGUAUUUAGACUCAACAAAAAUUUCUAUGGCCGAAUUCUUUAAUUGUUUUGGCAAUUCUUCGGCUAUACAACGACCACUAGCCUUGCAAUACGAUCAUCGACAACCACAAGCCACUAAUGACCAAAUUGUCAAAGUGAUCGCUAAUAAACCAACUUAUAUUAAACCGAUAUCCGAAACCGUAAUUAGCCAAAGUCCUCCUAAACAACUAGCCAGGAGCAAAGUCAAAUUGGACCACCACACCAUACGAUCUGUUAAAAUGAGAACAUCAAAGACUUUGCCACCAAAGAAAAGGCAAUCUCCAACCACAGCAACGUUUAUGAAAACCAAAGCAAUAGAGCAUCGAACAAUGAUGACAACAAUAACAACAAAAACAUUCAUCGCUAAUGAUGACGAACACCAAGCAAUUGAUACUUGGAUUUACAAUCAUCAUCCCCAUCAAGCAAUCGAACGUUCAUUUGAAAGACAAAUUGAUCAUAUAGUACCAGCAGCAACAGAAAGUGCAAAAACAACAACAGAUGACGAAGUUAACCAUAGCGAACCACAAAAUGUAACAGUGAAUUCCACACAAUUCUACGAGCAUCUGAUAAAGUUCAAGACUUCCCAGAAAUCUAAAUUGAUCAUCAUCAUUAUAAUCACUGUUCUGAUCAUGGCUGGAUGUUUAAUGCGUCGUAAUCGUCAUAAAAACACAGGAAAAGAUGUGUCCUUUCAUCAUGAUGAUUUGAGCCACAAUUAUCGUCAUUGGAAAAAGAAAUCCAAAUCUUCUAGUGAAAAAAGAAGCAAAAAACCGAAUCGAAUUGAACAGAAUGGUAAAAGUAACAACACUAACGAUGGUCCAUUUGAAAAAAACAUCAUAGUGAUGGAUGUUAAAAAUAUGCAACAAUCCAGUCUGUUUGAUCAAUCAUUCACCGAUCGAAUCCAAACCAUGGUGGACGAAUCCCAACUCAUUACAAAGAUGAUGAAUCAACCGUACAAGGCCAUUUAUGAAACCGUUUCAUCGAUUCGCCCAUGUCCAAGACCUAUUGAAUCACCACCUACCACAUCUCUUACGUUAAUGCCAGAAUUAUCUCCUCCACUUGAGCCGAUGAUUGAAGCUGGUGAUGAGAGCAUUAAUUUUGAUAAUAAUAAUGGAUUAAAACCGAUCAACACGACCAUCAAUGACUCGAUAUAUGAAACGAUUGAAGAUGAAAAUACCCGAUUGAUCUACAUAUUGCAUCGAUUGACAAAAAGUCUGCACAUAUCAUGAUUUUGUUGGCUUUUUUAUUUAUUUGAUAAAAACAUUGAUUGAAAAAAAAUGUUUCUUGUCAACUAAUUCAUGCUUUUGGUGACAAAAAAAAGUAUGUGAUAAAAUAAUUUUUUAGUUGCAAUGAUUAUAUAAUAUGUAUGUGUAUAUGUCGAUGAUUAUCUUAAAUAUAUGAUAGAUAUGCGUUUUGGAUUGAGGUGUGUGUGUGUAUGUGGUAAAAUGCAAUGAUGAUUAAUGAUUCUUAACUUCGAAGUCGUCCCAAGAUCCGACCUAGGUAUGUUGGCCAUAAAAUAACCAAUGCAGCAAGAACGGCUAAAAUGACCAUGAACAUGCCCCACAUUCUGAGAUCUUCUAAAAUACAAGAGGUUGGAUAUAGAAUCAGC